AUGAGCAGAAAGUUAGAUAUUAUACCAGUGGAUAAAAGUCAAAUUUUAUGGAUACAACAAGCUGUAAAUCAGUCUCAAUUAUCAGGUCACUGGGCGUUGUUACAAGACUGUCAUCUUAACUUAGAGUGUAUGAAAGAUCUUUUAUAUGUACUGAAUACACUGUUAAAAAGUGCCAGGAAUACCAACACCACUCCCCACAAGAUACAGCGAAAACUAAACGAUCCAAGACAGGUUAAUGAAUCAUUUCGUUUAAAGUUUACCAGUGAAGAACAUGAGGAUUUUCCAGUAUCAUUAUUACAAAUUCCAGUCAAUUAUACAUGUGAGGUACUAUCAGAGGACGGAUUACGUACUGCUUAA